CGAUAUAAGACACACACAGCACGUAAACACACAUACACAACAGAAGUACGAUACAAAUACACAGAUCGUUACAAUAUCAUUCAAUUAAACCGCAAGUGUGGUUAUCAAUAUAAUAAAAAUACAAAUUAAACACAUAUUUACUGUAUAACAAUUGUAUUUGAUUCAUAAGACUUACCAAAAGGGUACAUUCACAUUGUCACUAAUGUCCUAAUAUACAGUACCUAUUCAUAGUGCAUUUAAUUUAACUUAAAACAGCAGCCGUCUUACUUCUGGUACUCCUGAUAUGCCCGAAUGCGUUUGUGUUGACAUGUUUUAGAUGUUCUAAAGGAAUCCAUGUUUGCAGUUUCACUUAGCAUUCAAAUCCUAAAAUGUCAAACACCGUUUAACAAAAUCUCUCCUCAGCAAAUAACUCCCCGACACGCGGAGGACAACAGAUUUUUUCAGCAUUUCUCUCCAUGAUGGCGGAGGACAGCGAAUCUGCAGCCAGCCAGCAGAGUCUGGAGCUGGAUGACCAAGAUACCUGUGGUAUAGAUGGAGACAACGAGGAGGAAAAUGAGCAUAUGCAAGGCCAUUGUACAAGCCGGUGGAAACCCUGCUUGGUUUGUGUUGAUCAACUCAGGAGUCCGGGAGGAGAUCUGGGGGCCAAGAAGAAGAAGAAAAAGCAGAAGCGGAAGAAGGAGAAGCCGAGCUCUGGGGGAACGAAGUCAGAUUCUGCGUCUGACUCUCAAGAAAUAAAGAAUCCUGCUAUACCAGUGCAAAAAUUGCAAGACAUUCAGAGAGCAAUGGAGUUACUCUCAGCUUGUCAUGGUCCAGCCAAGAAUAUUGAUGAGGCUACUAAGCACAAAUACCAAUUCUGGGAUACUCAGCCAGUUCCUAAGCUUAAUGAAGUUGUUACAUCCCACGGCCCUAUUGAACCAGAUAAGGAAAACAUUCGCCAGGAACCUUACUCUUUACCUCAGGGUUUCAUGUGGGACACCUUGGACCUGAGCAAUGCAGAAGUGUUAAAAGAGCUGUAUACCUUGCUGAAUGAAAAUUAUGUGGAAGAUGAUGACAACAUGUUCCGGUUUGAUUACUCUUCCAAUUUCCUAAAAUGGGCACUGCGUCCUCCAGGCUGGUUACCACACUGGCACUGUGGAGUCAGAGUUUCUUCAAACAAGAAAUUAGUAGGGUUUAUUAGUGCCAUUCCCGCCAGCAUUCGCAUUUAUGACACUGUAAAGAAGAUGGUAGAAAUCAAUUUUCUAUGUGUGCACAAGAAAUUGCGAUCCAAACGUGUUGCGCCGGUGUUGAUCCGGGAAAUCACUCGUAGGGUGAACCUGGAAGGGAUUUUCCAGGCUGUGUACACUGCUGGAGUGGUGCUGCCCAAGCCAGUGUCCACGUGCAGGUAUUGGCAUCGAUCUUUGAAUCCCAGAAAACUGGUGGAAGUAAAAUUUUCCCAUUUGAGCAGAAAUAUGACUUUGCAGAGAACAAUGAAGCUCUACAGAUUGCCAGAUGCCACGAAAACAGCUGGCUUGCGAACCAUGGAGAAAAAGGAUGUCAAACAGGUGCAGGAACUGCUUGAAAAGUAUCUAAAGCAGUUUCACUUAGGACCGGUUAUGGAUGAGGAAGAAGUGACACAUUGGUUCUUGCCACAAGAGAAUAUAAUUGACACCUAUGUAGUGGAGGGCCCUGGUGGAGUUUUGACAGACUUCACAAGUUUCUACACCCUACCCUCCACAGUAAUGCAUCAUCCUCUUCACACGAGCCUUAAGGCUGCCUAUUCCUUCUACAGUGUGCACACAGAAACUCCACUCAUGGACCUCAUAAAUGAUGCUCUCAUUCUUGCUAAACUGAAAGAUUUUGAUGUGUUCAAUGCACUGGAUUUAAUGGAAAACAAAACAUUCCUCGAAAAGCUGAAGUUUGGUAUAGGCGAUGGUAAUUUGCAGUAUUAUUUGUACAACUGGAAGUGUCCAGCUAUGGAUCCAGAAAAGGUUGCUCUUGUCCUACAAUAGCCAGUUUACAGUUACUAGUUAACAAUCAAAAAAUGAGCCAGCGAUCUACUUUAUUUGAAUGCUGGAUUGCUUCCAGGAAGAUGCACACAAACCUGAAACAAUCAAGUGAAUGGAAUCAUCACUGGAUUUGUUCUUCUAGGGCUUGUCUGGUUAACACGAGAACAUUACGAAUUCAGAUUGCAGCCAAGUGAUGUUUCUUUUAAUCAUUUACAUCUUGAAUGUGAAAUCAUACAGACUGCCUGAGACUGAAUUUUAUAUUUAUAUUUUGUCCAUUCGAUAAGGAUACUUUCAUCAUCUUCAGUCCACACACACACAGCUUGCUCCUAAGUUGGCUAGGAGUAAAACAAAAAGGAAAAGAAAAACAGUCUUAUUGAUUUAUUUUUUGUACAACAGAGGUGCAAUGGUAGAUGUUUGUGUGAAAGAGGAAUUGUCGCUGGUUUCUAGUUUUAAGCCAGGUAUUUAUUAAAUACAUGUUUUGUGCAGUUAAUUGAAAAUAAUGAAGAAUCCAAAGUUGUUGUUUUUUUUAUUUUUUAUUUUUUUUAAACUAUCGUUGAUGACUAACUUUGGAGUAGGUGAAAGAUUGCAGAAGACAGGAUCUGGGUUUUUGCACAACUGUAAAGCUCUUUGAUAAUGCUUCAGUUACAUUUUUUUUUUUUAAUAGUAUAUGCUAGAGAUGACCCAUUGAAAUCCAUAUUACAUUUAAUAGUGGUUACUCUUUCAACAGUAAACUACAUUUUGGAACCCUUA